AUGGCCCGGCGCGGCAUCGCGAAGUCGUCGUCGGCAGAGGAUGUUGGCUUUCGCGUUGUGCAAAAAGGAGGCACUUGUGACGUUCGCUUUGGAGCCGACAUCUUUCAGCGACCCGCGAGACCGGGCAGCUCUCGUGACGUUUACGAAAAACUGCCGACUCAUCAUACGCCAAAGCAAAUAACGUCGUCGAAGCGGAAUUUAGCGGGUGAUAGCGUCGUCCAGGAUCCCUGUCCAGGUCAACAUCACAGCCAGGGUCACCGGCCAUCGGAUGUUGCUAUUACCAGAGAGCUGAAGAAACAUGUCAUAGCAACCUCUCCUUCGGCACUCCGUCGAGCAGCCAGACAAUCCUCACCCCAAUUUCGUCGUCGGCCAGCCGUUGUUUCAGAGACUUUCCAGCCUCUCGAUUCUUUGCGAGAAGCGUCUACUCUGGACAUCAACAAGCACAAUUAUGAGAACACGGGGUCAUCCUCCACUCGUGCAUCUCAAGAGCGAUUCGCUGAAGUAUACGACAUACUAAGAGAUACAAUUGGCGAACGCACCAUCUGGGAGCAGGUCAAGAGACACUCGGCCGGCCAGUUUGAAUGGCUGUUGACCCAUCUGCCGUCUCCGAAUUCUAGCAUUCACGAUAGCUCAUCUGAAGAAUACGCAUCUGAGCACGGAGCUGACGGCAAAGUUUACGUCUGCAAUCUAGUGCUGCAGAAGAAGCGGGAGCCACAUAGCGAUAGCGAGUGCCCGCUCAAUUCAUAUUAUCUACUGGCGACGCCACUGCAAUACAGCGCCAACUGGACCGUGGAAAUGGACGAGCCUCGGAUCGCCGGCGAUGACGAUUCCGUCACCUGGAUGGACCAUAGCCGUCCAGUAACGCCGCCAAUGAAGGUUCCCGAGAUUGUUCUCGCCGUUGAAAAUGCGGUUUCGCCAGCGUUUACUGCGGUGAGCGACAGGAGCUUUGGCGACAGCUCGUCACGAGCCACCUCGUUCUCGCUACCGCGGAUUGAGGACUCGCUGGAGGAGUUGGAUCGGCUCGAGGACCAGUUGGAGGCAGUGAACGCGUUUACGCAGUCUCAGCAACUGGCUCUGAUAGCCAGGCCACCACCAAAGGUUUCGUCAUAUUCAACACCAGAAGAGGCAAUGAGAGCAUUCAAAAGAUCAACGGUAUCCGGUGCACCGGCCACAGUUCGCUCUAAACCCGCCGAAAAGGCCAUCGCAACACCGCGUCGAUCUGCGUCUCUAACUGUUCGGGAGAAGAGCCCUGAAGAGCCGGCCAAGGGAUCCUCGAGUCGUCGGUCCGGCCUUGGUGUAUUCAUGUCUAAAGCCGGGAACACCCUGGCAACGGUGGCCAAGUCUUCCGUUCGCUCAUCGAAAACGCCUACAGUUCCCAGUUUUGAGUUGCCGGGUAAGGCUGUCGCUCGACGCUUGAGGGAAGUUCGUGAAACCCGCGAGGCACAUCAUGCGGCGGCUCUCAAGGCGUUAGAGGCCCCCCCAAAGCCAAGAAGCAACAAGACCUUGCCCAAGCCUACCUUCGAGCUACCUGGAGAUACCAUUUCGCGGCGCAAGAGGGAGGAAAGCGAGGCUAAACUGCGGGCCCAGGAGGAAGAGCAGCGCAAGAGACGCGAGUUCAAGGCACGACCUGCUCGGCCAAACUCUACGCCUAGCACGCUUCCCCGUGACACCGUAGCAAGCCGAGCUCGUCAGGCCAAGAUUCAGGAGGAAAACGCGGAGAGGCAGGCGGCCUUGUCUCACAAGGUCAAGCGACUGUCGCUGGGUCUCGUGCGCGAUGAGCCUAUGACGCCCACCCCGAGUAAGGCGGAAAAGCAGCGUGGACGUGGUUCCAUGAUUGCGGUCGCAGAGUCUAUCAACCGGUCGAUACUUGCAUCAGUGGUCACCGCCACCAAGAGUAAGAAUCCGCUGUCCAUUGAAAGCAUGAUGACCCGGUUCCGGUCUAAGAGCAAAGAGAUUCUGGGGCACGAUUCUGCAAGCAUCAUGGAGAAGAAGAGCCACGAAAAGAGUGACAGACCGAUGACUGCCAAGGCUGCUCGAGACGAGGCUGCUGAGCGCUCUAGAAUAGCGAGUCGGGAGUGGGCAGAGAGGAAGCGUCGUAAGGAGGCGGCGUCUCUGAAGCAAAUCACGGAGCAAUGA